AUGCCUCCGCCUAAAGGCGUGACACCCGACUUUGACGGGAGCACCACUCUGCAGCGCUCUGUCGUCGUCGUUUACUCAUGUACCUUUGCCAUCGCCACCGUCACCCUCGCGCUGCGACUCUAUAGCGCCUCUGCCAUUGUCCGAAAACUGGAUUGGGAUAUACGCAAUGAUGAUUUGGUUGGCGAGAGGAACACAACUGACGUAUAUGCAGCUAUUCCGUCUGGCUUCGGGAAACAUCUAUGGGAUGUUCGAGCGACAGACCUUCAAGGGUAUCUGAAUCUCCUCCUCGUGCUCGGCCUCACAUACGUCUGGCCUCCUACGCUCGCGAAGCUGGCCAUUCUAGUGCUAUACUACCGCCUUAUCCCCAAUUCGCGUUUCCGAAUCGCUCUUUACACCGUUGCGGCUGGCCUCGUCAUAUACACCCUCGUCUUUACAAUCUUGUUAGCUGGGCCAUGUCAUCCUCAAAAACAUGGCACAAACACCUGUGUCGUCAAUCUGACGGUAUCGCAGGCGGUCCUCAACAUCGUCAGUGACGUCAUUGUUAUCAUGCUUCCAAUCCCCUUUAUCCAUCGCUUGAACAUGCCCUUGAAGCAGAGGAUAACGGUUGGCCUUCUUCUUGCGCUCGGCUCUGCGGUCGUUAUUGUUUCUUGUAUUCGCUUUGGCUAUGUGCAAAAGAUGCGGGACAACCCCGACGUCACCUGGACCCAAGCUUCAGCUUCCCUUUGGAGCUGCAUCGAGAUGAACACCGGGAUAAUCUGCAAUUGCCUCGCUCACCUGAAGCCUUUUGUUCGCCGACAUAUUCCCUGGCUUGCAAAGUUUGUCUCCAGCACGAGCCAACAAAAGUCCCAUCCCGAUGACGGCGACAACAGCCACAGUUUCAAGCGGUGGAGGGGUGACAAGGCAAGCCAUGGGUAUCAGCUACACAGUAUCGGCCGCUCGCAACAGCCGUCUAGUAGCGGCACGGGCAAUGAUGCGGUUGCUAUAGAUGAGGUUCAAGUCGAGUUCACCCAGUCGAGAAAUACUGGCCAUGCCUCGAGUACAGAAGACAUCUUGGGACAUAAAGCUCAGCACAUAUGA